CUCCGAAUAUGAAGAAGAAAAUCGACAAGAGAAUUAGAGCUUUAAUCGAAAAUGCAGCCAAGUACAGGCACAGAGCCAUGUUUAUCGUCGUAGGUGAUAGAGGAAGGGACCAGAUUGUUAACUUGCACCAUCUCAUGGCCACUGCUUCUGUGAGAAAGAAGCCAUCCUUGCUCUGGUGCUACAAGAAGGACUUAAGCUUCAGCUCUCAUAGGAAGAAGAGAAUGAAAUAAAAUUAAGAAAAUGAUGCAAAAGGGAUUGUAUGACAAAGAUGUCGAUGAUCCAUUUGAGAUGUUCGUUACUACCACAGAUAUUAAGUACUGUUAUUACAAAGACACGCAUACUGUUCUUGGAAAUACAUUUGGAAUGCUUGUGCUUCAAGAUUUUGAAGGAGUUACCCCAAAUGUGAUGUGUAGAACUAUGGAAACUAUUGAGGGUGGAGGAGUCAUUGUCAUGCUGUUCCAUACCAUGACAUCACUGAGACAAUUCUACACCAUCUCAAUGGAUGCUCAUAAAAGGUACAGGACUGACAACCAUCAGGUUGUCAAGCCAAGGUUUAAUGAGAGGUUUCUCUUGUCUCUUGGAGAUUGUAACAAUUGCUUAGUCAUUGAUGACGAACUGAAUAUCCUCCCUAUCACAGAAAAUGUAAAAUUUGAUGAAAGCCCAGACAUGGAAGAGAUCUUCAUGACAAAAGAGCAGAAGGAAUUGGUUGAACUCAAGAGCUCUCUUAAAGAUUCUGGACCAAUUUACAAUUUAGUGGAUGGAUGAAUGACUCUUGAUCAAGCAAGGAGUGUCAUGGCAAUGGUUGAUACAAUCUCUAAUAAAGCACUUAAUACGACCACCUCAUUGACUGCAGGUAGAGGGAGAGGAAAGAGUGCCACCUUGGGACUAGUAAUAGCUGGUUCGAUCAUUUAUGGAUACAGCAAUAUCUUCAUUACAGCUCCAAGUCCUGAAAACUUGAAGACACUCUUUGAGUUUAUUGUUAAGGGACUUAAAGCAUUGAACUACAAGGAGCAUAAUGAUUUUGAGAUUUUCCAGAGUACCAAUCCAGAUUUCAAAGACUGUGUUGUAAAAAUCAAUGUGUACAGGGAUCAUAGACAAUCGAUCCAAUAUGUUCAGCCACAAGACUUUAACAAAUUACUCCAGCCAGAAAUCUUAGUGAUUGAUGAAGCAGCUGCUAUUCCAUUGCCAAUCGUUAAGCAUAUGAUGGGAUCUUACCUAGUAUUUAUGUCAUCUACAAUUAAUGGAUACGAAGGAACUGGAAGAUCAUUAUCCCUCAAACUUAUUAGCCAGCUCAGGGACCAAAACAAGCUGAAAUUUGGUGAGCACACUCAAAGAUCAGGAAUGAAGUCCAUCAGAGACUUGAAAGAGAUUUUAAUGGACGAGCCAAUCAGAUACGGAGUCAAUGAUCCGGUUGAAGAAUGGUUGAAUAAUUUGCUCUGCUUGCAUUGCACUGAAGCAGAUCCUUUACAGAGUGGAGCUCCCCAUCCAGAUCUUUGUGACCUAUAUCAUGUGAACAGGGAUACCUUGUUCUCCUAUCACAAGGGAAGUGAGAAAUUCUUGAAGAAAAUUAUGUCAUUAUUUGUGAGUUCCCACUACAAGAAUUCUCCAAAUGAUCUACAACUACUAUCUGAUGCCCCAGGUCAUGCCUUGUUCGUAUUGAUCGGCCCUCUGGAUAGACAGAAGAGUAAAAUCCCUGAUAUUCUUUGCGCUAUUCAAGUUUGUUAUGAAGGAAAUGUAGCAAAGGAGACUAUGAACUCAAGCAUGGCAAGAGGUCUUCGUCCAUCCGGUGAUUUAAUCCCCUGGACUGUCAGUGAACAAUUCCAGGAUACCAACUUUGGAAUGCUUAAUGGAGUCAGAGUUGUGAGAAUUGCUACACACCCUAAUGCUCAGAAGAAGGGAUAUGGGACAAAAGCGCUUGAGCUUCUUCAGAAAUAUUAUGAUGGUCUAAUGAUUGACUUGGAUAAUAUCAAGACUGAUGAAACUGAAGAGCUAUAUCCUAAGGAAGAAAUUAAGGAAGAGAGCAAAGAUGAAGGAAUUUUGUCCGAGAAAAUUAAGCAAAGAAAGGGUCUCUGUCCUAUUUUACAAAAACUAACAGAGAGAAAGCCCUUAUCAAUCCAGUAUUUAGGAACAAGUUUUGGAAUUACUCCUGAAUUGUAUACUUUCUGGACUAAGAGUGGAUACACUCCUUUGUAUAUUAGACAGACUGCUAAUGAUCUAACUGGGGAACAUACCACUAUUUUGAUAAAGCCUCUGAAGAAAGAAGAUAUCCAUAUCGGCACACAAGCAAUUGGAAUGGGCAACCAGGAAGAGAGCGAAGAUGGUUGGGCUGAUCCAUACACUAGUGAUUUUAGAAAAAGGUUUAUGAACUUGCUUGGUUUCGAAUUUAGAAAAAUGCCUUGCACCCUAGCUUUAAACAUCUUGCUUCCUUCACUAAAGGCUCAUGCACAGGCUAGUGAUUUAGAGGUUGACUUUGACAAGCUCGAUAAAAAUCUUUGUAAGAGAGAAAUUAGUACAUUUGAUCUAAAAAGACUCGAAAGCUAUUCAAAGAACAUGAUUGACUUCCAUUUGAUCAUUGAUCUAGUUCCAAGACUGUCAAAACUAUACUUCUCAAAGGAGCUAGACUGCGUUCUUAGGAUGAGCUUUGUGCAGGCAUCUAUCUUCCUUGGAAUAGGCCUUCAACAUAAGAAGAUAGAGGAUCUUUCGAAAGACUUGGGAGGACUGAAGCCUGCUCAGAUCCUUCCCCAACUCAACAAGAUCAUGAAGAAGUUCACAAAUGUGUUCAGGAAAUUAUACGAGGAAGAAGCUAAAGAGCUAAUCCCAGAACUUGAAAGCAGUGCUAAAGCCACUGAAGUUCUUAACUCAGCAACUGGAAUUAAAGACCAAUUGAGCAAAGAGCUAGAUAAAGAAGGAAGAAAGUUCAUGGAGGAGCUACACAAGCAGAAAGAAGAGUUUGAAAAGAGUUCUAAGAACAAGAAGAGAUCUACAAAGGGAAAAGAUCAUAAACAGAAGCACAAGAGAGCUAAGCAUAAGUAA